GCCACCAUCUCCUCCUCCUCACGUCCAAGCGGCGGCGGCGGCGAUGGGCGUGGAAUCGGAGCAGCCAGCGGCCGCGCCCUCCACCGCCGAGCAGGCGCAGGAUCUCAUCGACGCUGCGAGGUACGAUGAUCUGGAGGACGUCGUGGCGCUGUUCACCACCGGUGUGCCCCUGGACUCCACGGAUUCGCAAGGACGGACCGCACUUCAUAUGGCCUCUGCCAAUGGACAUCUUGCUGUUGUGGAAUACUUGAUUCAAAAUGGAGCGAAUGUUAAUGCUACAAACUCAGAGAAGAACACACCCCUGCACUGGGCAUGCCUCAAUGGACAUAUAGAGGUAAUUAAAGCAUUGAUAUGUGCUGGGGCUAGUGUCAGUGCACUCAACAGCCAUGAGAAAACCCCUAUGGAUGAAGCUGUGACCAAGGGCAAGAUGGAGGUGAUCGAUGCAAUCAGUGCAGCAGUAGCUCAAGCAGAACUCGAUGGUGUUACUGUCUCCUAAAAGGACUUGGCACUCCUUCUGAAUGGUCUUCUCUUCGACAAUGGAUGACAUGUAACGUUGUUCUUAUCUUUGCUGGUACUGCGUACUACUGUCUGUGUCACUUAUGAUGCUGAUAUGCCAGUUUCUUGGGCAAUGGGAGAACUUGAACAAUUACUUUAAUAUAUUAUCGACUUUGUCGGCAAGCACCUAUUACAAUCAAUGACCUAAAACGAUGGACAUGGAGAUGUACUGUUAUAGCCUAUAUGUGCACCAGUUGAAGGCCUGGACUAAUCUUCUGGUUCCAGACCUGUAGUGGAUUGGAACUAGCAUACUCUGUGCUAGUACAUAAUCAUGUCCUAUAUGGAAUAAGUAUAGUUUGCUUGUUAUAACGGAUGUUACCAUGCCUGCUAAGCCGUCUGAUAAAUUUGCGUUAUACAGCUGAA